AGUCUCCUUGGUCUGUGCUAUUACUAAGAGCGGGAAAAUUUUAGGUUUCAAUUAUUUAUUAAUUUAAAAAUAAUGCGCCGUAAUUGGAGAGGAGGGCGACAUAGGAAUAACUGGUACAGAUCUAACAAAACAACUACUACUGAUACUACCAGCUUGAAUAAUUCUAACGUCUCGGCUCGGCCAACUAAUAUCUCUGGGGUAUCGAGAGCACCUGCGAACCAAUUGCCUGUAGUUUUAUCUCUCAAUAGCGAAAAUGAUCCGUGGAAAUUAUACUUGCCAUCUGAAGAUUACCCACCAAGCACUGAAGUUUCAAACCACAUAAAGUGUUUUAAUGCAUUCUUAGAGAAAAAUAAAAGUUUGUUUGACUUGGAAAAAAUUGACCAAACUCGCAGUGUCCCUUUAGAUGUACAAAGUAUCACAAAUGACCCAGAAUUCAGUAGUGGUUGGCCCACCUUUAGUUCGGAUUUAUUUGAGAAACCUGAAACUACAUUACAUUUAUUAGAGUAUUGUUUGCAUCAGACAUUAAAAUGUGAAUCAAAAAUUAAAGUAAGGGUACUUAAUCAUCAGCCUGUUAUUCCUUUAUCUAAUUUAAAAGCUAAUUACUAUGGUAAACUAGUAACAAUCAAAGGAACAGUAAUAAGAGUUGGAAGCGUAGGUCUAAUAUGCACUUCUAUGGCAUUUGAAUGUUCAAGUUGUCAUGGUAUUCAAGCCAUAGUCCAACCACAAGGGGUAUUUACAGCCCCACAAGUGUGUCCAAAUUGCCGUGGUGGAUCAAGAUAUGAUCCUCUGCAGUCAUCACCAUUCACAAAUACAACAGAUUGGCAAGUAGCUAAGAUACAAGAAAUCCAAUCACAGGGUAUAUCAGGCACCAUCCCAAGAAGUGUAGAAAUAGAAUUACAAGGUGACUUAGUAGGUACCGCAUGUCCUGGAGACGUGCUUUCUGUUACUGGAAUUGUGCAGGUAAGAGGGGAGAGUAAAGGUGGUGAAGAUGGAAAAAGAGCUGCCAGAUUAUUACAACUUUACAUAGAAGCUGUCUCAAUACACAGCCAAAGAAACUUAAGUAAUCCAUCAAUGUCAUUUACCAUAAAAGAUUAUUAUGCAAUACAGGAAAUUCACGCCUCAGAUGAUGUGUUCAGACUAUUAGUUCAUUCCCUUUGCCCUACUAUAUUCGGUCACGAAGCAGUGAAAGCUGGUCUCAUACUUGGACUAAUUGGUGGAACAGAAUUAGAAAACGGUCCAAGAUCGAAUCCUCAUAUACUGAUUGUUGGAGAUCCAGGAUUGGGAAAGUCUCAGUUACUUCAGGCUGCUGCGCAUGCAGCACCAAGAGGAGUAUACGUAUGUGGAGCGUCAGCAUCAGCAGGGGGCCUAACUGUAGCAUUAGGACGCGAAUCAGGAGGCGAUUUUGCCCUCGAAGCUGGAGCAUUAGUUCUAGCAGACAAGGGAGUUUGCUGCGUAGAUGAAUUGGAUAAGAUGACCGCACACCAUAGUAGUUUAUUGGAAGCAAUGGAACAACGUCGCGUUAGCGUCGCUAAAGCAGGUGUUGUAUGCAGUCUUGCUGCUCGUGCAACAGUAUUAGCUGCUGCUAACCCAGCUGGAGGAAGUUAUAACAGGGCAAAAACUGUUGCAGAAAAUUUGAAAAUCAACUCAGCAUUAUUAUCGCGCUUCGAUUUGGUGUUCAUUCUCUUAGAUCAACCUGACGAGAAAAUGGACGCAAUGCUUUCAGAACAUGUACUGGCUUUACAUAGCGGACAUAAAACGAAGAAACCCAAAGUGGUUGAUGCGAACAAUAGUAUAAUUACUAGCCAGAAUGACAGUGAAGCUUCCUUAAGUACAAGAUUACGACUGAAGCCUAACGAAGUGAUUGACACGCUGCCUCUAGUUUUACUCCGAAAAUAUAUUGCAUACGCAAGAAGAUAUGUUCACCCAAAACUAAGUACAGAAGCUGCAAAUGUAUUACAAAACUUCUAUUUGGAACUGAGACACAAUCAUCAAGGGAACUCUCAAGAUGGCACUCCUAUUACAACGAGACAGCUGGAAGCUUGUAUUAGACUCACGCAAGCACGAGCUAGAGUCGAAUUACGAGAAGAAGCAAAUGCAAAUGAUGCCAAUGAUGUUAUAAGCUUGAUGAAACACAGUCUGAUGGACACAUUCAGCGACGAGUAUGGCAAUAUCGAACUAUCGAGAUCGAUUAACGGAUCAGGAAUAAGCGCUAGAGGAAAAUUAAAAAAGUUCCUGGAAGUUCUCACAAGAAGAGCUCAUCAGUUAGGAAAAGACAUAUUCACCAGAAAAGAAUUAAUACAGAUACACAAAUCUGCUGGUGUGUCAGGAGAUGCUAGCGAAUUGAUUGAAGCAAUGCACAUACAUUCAUAUUUGCUAUUGAAGGGCUCCAACACAUAUCAGUUAAUUGCUUUAUAA